CCACCGCCCUUCACCUCCGCAAAGUGAUUCCCGCCGCGACCCAGAAUGCACGCACCCGUUGCUGCCGACUGCUGGAACGCGCGGGCGCCCAUAACAACACACCGACUCUCUACACCCGACACCUAACACCUCCCGGCGCCCCAAACCAAGGUCGCCUGCCUGUGCCCCACCGACAUUUGCCUCCCAACCUUUUGAGAUAGAGCAGACUUGUGCGUUUUGCGCAAUACGAAUAAGUUGAACAGAAAAGCCAAGCCGGUUUCCAGCGCUCAUCCGAUCCUAUCGCAUAUGUCGACCGCCGGCGACGAUGAGCGCACCGAAGAGCUCGAGACGCUGCAGUCCAUCUACCCCGAGCUGGUCCUCGACGCACCAUUCGCUGCACACAUCGACCUCGCAGUAGCGCCCACCAUACCGCUGCCGGUCCGUUUCGAGCCCGCCCAAGACGUGCAUAGGGUAGCAUACCUGCCGCCUCUCCGCUUGGAGGUCGACCUUCCCGCAGAGUACCCCGCCGAAGGCCCGCCCAGAGUCAAGCUUUCAGCCUCGUUUUCAUGGCUCCCGCCAGACACGGUAGAUAGGUUGGAGAGAGAGGCGCGCUCUCUAUGGGAAGAGUACAGUGGCGGGCAGGUGCUGUUCGCCUACGUGAGCUAUCUACAGGAAGCGGCCGAGACAGCCUUUGGGUUAUCAGAGCUCACGCUUCCGGACAGCGUGAAAACUGAGCUCCUAGAGUUCAGCAAGCGCAUGAAGCGGGAACUGUUCGACAAGGAGACGUUCGACUGCGAGGUCUGCCUCGAGCCAAAGAAGGGUUCCGUUUGCUACCGCAUGGAGCGGUGCAACCACGUCUUCUGCGUCCAAUGUCUCCAGGACUACCUCAACAACUGCAUCGAAGAGGGAGAUGUCAACAACGUCAAGUGCAUGUCAACAGACUGCGGCAAGCUUAUGCCUAAUGGAAAGAAGAAGGAGCGUCUACUAUCACCGAAGGAGCUACUACAGAUACCCUUGUCUUUGCAAGCGGUGGAACGCUACGCCAAGAUAAAGCGGAAGAAGAAGAUCGAGGCCGACCCUACCAUCAUCUACUGCCCGCGCUCGUGGUGUCAAGGCGCCAUGCGAACAGACAAAUACCCAAAGAUCAAGGACGUACGCGAGAUGGACGAAUCAGACUCGGAAGCAGAAGAGCCCGUGGAGGCACCCCCAGAGGAACAGUCAACAGCACCCGGACCUGAGAAGCGCUUUGUGGGCGUCACCGGCAUGGACCGCCUUGCCGUGUGCGAAGACUGCACGCUCGCUUUCUGCAAGGUCUGUCUGGCGUCCUGGCACGGUGACUUUGUUCGCUGCGAACCGCGCGACAAGAAUCAACUCACAGAAGAAGACCAAGCUUCGCUCAACUACAUCAUGAAGAACACAUCACCAUGUCCAACUUGUUCCGUUCCUUGCCAGAAGUCGUACGGUUGCAACCACAUGACAUGUUUCCAGUGCAAGUCUCACUUCUGCUACCUAUGCGGCGCAUGGCUCCUUCCGGAGAACCCGUACGGACAUUUCAGCAAUCCGAGGAACAAAGGCUGCUACAAUCGCUUGAUGGAUCUGGUGGAGGGCGAUAUGGGGGAGGGUCAAGCUCAGUUUGGCGGCGCACGCGGCGCGGAGCAGAUGGCUGAUUUUUGGGAGCAGGAGGCGAUGCGCAUCCAGAACGAGCUGAAUGCUCAGGAUAGCUGAAGUAAUAAUCUCAUCGUUGCAUGUUGCGUAAAUUCUCAGAAGCACGACAAAUCUUCCAUUCGUCCUCAUCUUCACGAUGCCUGCGCCAUGUAUGACAAGCUCUCAACGAGGUACUUGGCCAAGGCUAGUAAUUUCAAGGUGGAUCGUAUUCUGGAUUUCUGCAAGGCGAUAGCCCUAGGCUGCGACUUCCCAGCGCCGCGUCGCUACGUAUAUCCGCCUUGGUUUCAACUUGGUAUUCGGUGUGGGCUUGUGCCUUGUUGCGACGUUGAGGUACGACGAUGGACUGGAGGAGAACUACCUUGCUUUAACGUGGACGAUACCAACG